AUAUCCUCUCUCUCUCUCUCUUGUGGCAGUGUAAACAGAUAGAAAAAAAAAAAUUUAAAAUAAAAAAUCCGGCAAAAAUAAAAAAAGGAAAAGAAAAAGAAGACCAGCAGAGAGUCAUGGUUUCAACGAGACGAAGUGGAUCUUUCUCUGGUAACAAUAGCAAAAGAUCUUCGUCGUCCGACGAUAAACCUCCAUCGCCGAAGCGUCCAAAGGUUGACAAUGGUGGAGGUACGGAUAAAUCUAUGCCGACGGCGGAGAAUUCAAAGGAACUGUGCAUGCCACCUCCUCCGCCGCCCGCCGAUCCUGGAGAAUGUGGUUCCGACGAUGUUCCGAUCGCCGGAGAUGGAGUGAGUUCUGGGAAGACGACAGAGGCAGCGUCUCAGGCGGUUGCUGUUGCAACGCCGAUCGCUGAAGGGUCUUCGCCUGUGGUGGAUAAGCCGAGGGGUACUCUCCCUUGGGGGUUUUAUCCGAAGAGUUUUGAGAUGCCUUGGUGCAGGCUUUUGUCACAGUCUGGACAGAAUGCGAAUAUUGAUAUUUCAGCACCCAAUUUUACUAUUGGUUCACACAAAAGCUGCAAUUUUUCUUUCAAGGAACAGUCAAUUAGUGGUUGUCUUUGCAAGAUCAAGCGCACGCAGCGCGAUGGCAGUUGUGUAGCAGUUCUAGAAAGUAUGGGAAGUAAGGGAUCGGUGCAGGUAAACGGGACAACCAUCAAGAAAAGUACAAAUUGUGAUCUUAAUUCGGGUGAUGAGGUUGUUUUUGGUGUGCUUGGCAGCCAUGCUUAUAUUUUUCAGCAACGCAUUACUGAACUAGUUGUUAAAGGUGUGGAGGCUCAGAGUAGUGUUGGAAAAUAUUUGCAGCUUGAGAAGCGGACAGGGGAUGCUUCGGCUAUGAAUGGGGCUUCCAUUCUGGCAUCUUUGUCAAACCAGAAGCAAGAUUUAUCGCGGUGGAAGUCUCCAGCACAGUGCACUGGUAAAAAUCUCCCAGGUACCGAGGUACCCUCUCAUUCUGUUAUUCAUGAUGGUACAGAAAUAGAGCUUGAUGGCCUGGAAGGCAACUCAACUCUAAACUUAGGGAGUGAUAAAGCUGAAGACAUUGGAGCAAUUGAAAAGACUCCAGAAUGCAACGCAGACUCUGGCACAGAGGCAGGCAAUGUAAAACUCUCUGGGAUGACUGAUUUGCUAAGGCCUUUAUUGAGGAUGUUAGCUGGGUCACCUACUUGUAAACUGAAAUUGAGCAAAGGUAUCUGUAAACAGGUAUUGGAAGAAAGAAACGAGUGGAUGACGGAUUCACAGCAAGCGUCGACAUCGGGCAUGUCGUUGCGGUGUGCAGUCUUUAAAGAGGAUAUUCAUGCGGGAAUUCUUGAUGGAAAAAACUUAGAUGUUUCAUUUGACAAUUUCCCAUAUUAUUUGAGUGAAAAUACAAAAAAUGUGCUGAUUGCAGCUUCAUUUAUACACCUGAAACAUAAAGAACAUGCAAAGUAUACUUCAGAACUUACUACUGUGAACCCGCGUAUUUUGCUUUCUGGUCCUGCAGGGUCAGAGAUAUAUCAGGAAAUGUUGGCAAAGGCUCUUGCUAAUUAUUUUGGAGCGAAGCUGCUAAUAUUUGAUAGUCAUUCAUUUUUGGGUGGUUUAUCAUCAAAGGAAGCUGAGCUUCUGAAGGAAGGAUUGAAUGCAGAUAAAUCAUGCAGCUGUACCAAACAGAGCCCUGUACCCACUGACUUGGCGAAGACUGUAAAUCAGUCAACAUGUGAAGCUGAGACGCCAAGCUCUUCCAAUGCACCUUCCUCUGGCCUUGAAUCUCAACCAAAGAUGGAGUCAGAUACUGUUCCCUCCUCCUCUGGGGCAUCUAAGAGUUAUCUAUUCAAAUUAGCUGAACUUGGCAUGAUUUCUCUGAACAUGAAUCAUGCAGGUGAUAGAGUAAGAUUCAGUCCAGUUUCUGGUGGCUUAUAUACAUCUGCAUCUUCUUCAAGGGGCCCAUCUAAUGGAUCCAAGGGAAAGGUUAUGUUACUUUUUGAGGAUAAUCCGAUGUCGAAAGUAGGUGUGAGAUUUGAUAAACCUAUACCUGAUGGGGUUGAUCUUGGUGGUCACUGUGAAGUAGGUCAUGGAUUCUUCUGUAAUGUUAACGAUCUUCGUUUGGAGAACACAGGCGUGGAAGAACUGGACAAGUUACUCAUUAACACAUUGUUUGAGGCUGUAAUUAGUGAGAGCAGAAGUUCUCCUUUCAUUUUGUUCAUGAAAGAUGCUGAGAAGUCUCUAGUUGGAAACUCAGAUUCGUACAAUCCAUUUAAAAGCAGGCUUGAAAACCUUCCUGAUAAUGUUAUUGUGAUUGGUUCUCAUACUCAUACUGACAAUCGGAAGGAGAAGUCACAUCCUGGUGGUCUGCUCUUCACAAAGUUUGGCAGCAACCAAACUGCUCUUCUUGACUUGGCAUUCCCGGAUAGUUUUGGAAGACUGCAUGACAGAGUGAAGGAUGUUCCCAAAGCUACAAAAUUCCUGACUAAGCUUUUCCCCAAUAAAGUUAUCAUUCAUAUGCCACAGGAUGAGGCGCUUCUUGCAUCAUGGAAGCACCAGUUAGAUCGAGAUUCUGAAACCCUCAAAAUGAAGGGAAAUCUGAAGCUCUUACGCACUGUUUUGGGUCGGAGUGGCAUGGAAUGCGAAGGACUUGAGACAUUAUGCAUCAAAGAUCAGACACUUACAAAUGAAAGUACAGAGAAAGUAGUUGGAUGGGCUCUAAGCCAUCAUUUAAUGCAGAAUCCUGAAGCGGAUCCAGAUGCAAGACUUGCUUUAUCCCGUGAGAGCAUCCAGUAUGGGAUUGGAAUACUACAAGCCAUCCAAAAUGAAUCAAAAAGCCUGAAGAAGUCACUUAAGGACGUUGUAACUGAAAAUGAAUUUGAGAAAAGGCUUCUGGCUGAUGUUAUUCCACCCAGUGACAUUGGUGUAACAUUUGAUGAUAUUGGAGCUCUUGAAAAUGUCAAGGAUACAUUAAAGGAGCUGGUGAUGCUUCCUUUGCAAAGGCCUGAACUCUUCUGCAAGGGGCAAUUAACAAAGCCUUGCAAGGGCAUACUAUUAUUUGGGCCCCCUGGUACAGGUAAGACAAUGCUGGCAAAAGCUGUGGCUACUGAAGCUGGUGCAAACUUUAUUAACAUUUCCAUGUCGAGCAUCACAUCGAAGUGGUUUGGUGAGGGUGAAAAGUAUGUGAAAGCAGUUUUCUCACUGGCUAGUAAAAUUGCUCCUAGUGUUGUAUUUGUUGAUGAAGUUGACAGCAUGUUGGGCCGAAGGGAAAAUCCGGGGGAGCAUGAGGCCAUGCGUAAGAUGAAAAAUGAAUUUAUGGUAAACUGGGAUGGCUUACGGACAAAAGAUACAGAACGGGUUCUGGUACUUGCAGCUACGAAUAGGCCGUUUGACCUUGACGAAGCUGUCAUUCGGAGGUUACCGCGUAGAUUGAUGGUAAAUUUGCCUGAUGCUCCAAAUAGAGCAAAGAUAUUGAAAGUCAUAUUGGCAAAAGAGGAUUUAUCUCCUGAUGUUGAUUUUGAAGCUGUUGCAAGCAUGACAGAUGGAUAUUCUGGAAGUGACCUUAAGAAUCUCUGUGUAACUGCUGCACACCGUCCAAUCAAAGAGAUAUUGGAGAAAGAAAAAAAGGAUCGUGCAACUGCACUUGCUGAAGGCAAACCUGCUCCAGCUUUGAGUGGCAGUGCUGAUAUACGUCCUCUGAACAUGGAGGACUUUAAAUAUGCUCAUGAGCGGGUAUGCGCGAGUGUUUCAUCUGAAUCCGCAAACAUGACAGAGCUUUUGCAAUGGAAUGAACUAUAUGGUGAAGGGGGUUCUAGAAGAAAGAAGGCUCUCAGCUAUUUCAUGUGAUUGCUUCCCUGUAUAAAUGGUUUUAACUUCUCUCUUUCUAUUUAUAGUUUUGUAAUUCUUUUUAACUGUUUCUCUACAAAAAAAUUCUCCUAAAAGCCCAUUGAGUGCAAUUUGGCUCCCAUGUAUUAAGGGUUUGCUGGAGAACCAUUUUGUCUGUAAAAUGAGAUAUAGUGGUUCUAAGUAAUUAUUCUUAUCCUUAGGCUCAGGAUGGUGGUAUAAAGAGAGUGAAGCCUUCAAUGGCUCGGCUUUGCUGCU